UCAAACAAGAUGCAGCCACUCCUGCUUCUGUUGGCCUUUCUCCUCCCGCCUGGGGCUGAAGCAGGGAAGAUCAUUGGAGGCCGGGAGGCCAGACCCCAUUCCUACCCCUACAUGGCAUAUCUUCGGGUCCAGGGCUCAGAAGGUCGGCACACUUGCGGGGGGUUCCUCGUGCGAGAAGACUUUGUGAUGACAGCAGCUCAUUGCUGGGGAAGUCUUAUAAAUGUCACUCUGGGAGCUCACAACAUCCAGAGACAGGAAAGGACCCAGCAACACAUCUCUGUGCUCAGAGCCAUCCGCCACCCUGACUACAAUCCAUGGAACAUCCAGAAUGACAUCAUGUUACUGCAGCUGAGCAGCAGAAUCAGGCAGAAUGCAGCGGUGAGGCCUGUGGCCCUGCCUCAAGCCGGGAAUGGGGUGAGUCCUGGGACCUUGUGCACAGUGACCGGCUGGGGCCUGGUCAGCCUGAACAGGUUACCAAACAGACUCCAGGAGGUGCAGCUGAGAGUGCAGAGGGACCAGGUGUGCAGCAGACGCUUUGCUUUCUACACCGGCCAGACCCAGAUUUGUGUGGGGGUCCCUCGAGAGAGGAAGAAUGCCUUCAGGGGAGACUCCGGUGGCCCUCUGGUAUGUAACAACGUGGCCCAGGGCAUUGUCUCCUAUGGAGCUAACAAUGGGACCCCUCCUGCAGUCUUCACCCGGAUCUUGAGCUACCUACCCUGGGUACAGAGAACAAUGAGGCGCUUCAAAUGGGAGGAUCAGACUGAAACCCCUCUAUGACUCACUCUUUUUUCUUUGGGGCAUAGGCCAGCUCCAAGGGAUUGCCAGAGCUCUAAUAAAUGUCCGUCUACAGUGUAAAUAUUUGCUACUAAACAUCA